CAACCCCCGAUCUACUGGCGCGCCCUGGGCCUGGCAGCCGCCAAGAGGAUGGCGGUGCUCGGCACCAUCGUGGGCGUGCUCCUGACGGCCACGGUGGCCAACGCCGGCAUCUACCCGGACGACCACUGGGACCACGCCACGGAGCUCACGGCGGAGACCGCGGACGCAUGGGUGCAGGAGAAGGUGGACGCCGGCCAGACGGCGCUCAUCCGGUGGAUCGCCUCGGAGGGCUGA